GCAGGGCAGCUUUUUUUGCUUAAACGAGCUUGUACGACGGUCAUUCGUGGUGGCAGCAUCAUUUCUCAUUGCUGGACGACCGGCGGCUGCAUUCCACCACUCGUGAGCCAUGGCCGCCGUCGUGGAGGCCAUAGCACCAGAUCCAGCAAGCACCAUGGCCGCUGUGGAGGGCGCCCAGCAAGACCUGGGCACCAGCAGCUCGUCGGAGCGCGUCUCGACGCAGCGCGAGCUCCCGCACUACUUCCACACCUAUACUGAUGAAGAAGCGGGCACGACAGAACUCGUCGAAGCUUUACGGGCGCGACUCGAGAGGCGCAUCAACGGUUCUGUACUAGCAAAUCUCGACGACAAGGGUGAUGUGUUUGUAAGCUUCUCGGAGAAGGACCGGUCCGCGUCGUCGGACUUCUGGCGGGAGAUCUGCGAGCCGCUCAAAAUAUUCCUCAAGAACACGCCAUCAUUGGCCCGACGAAACCUGCCCGCAACCCUAAAGCAAGAGGGCGGGUCCUGCAUGUUCCAGGUCCAGUGGCUGACCGGUAGAAAGGCGAACUACUGGCACCAGGACGUGCGCUGGAAACAACAUUGGGACGCCGUCUUCUUUCUGUAUGCGGGCAACGACCCGACGCCGACGGACAUCGCCUGCCCUUCGGAGCAGCCCGACGCGUGUGUCACUCCAAAAGAGUACGUGCGCUGCGCCGACGGCCAGCCGGAUAUCGCCCAGGCCGCGCGCAGCGGCGCCGCGAUCACGUACCGGCCCGCGGUGAAUAGGGGAGACGUGGUGGUGUGCGACAACCGGCGCGUCUGGCACCGCACGCCGCCGUCGCUGGACGAGGCGUGUGCGGCCGACGACGCGCUCAUGACGGUGCGGCUCAAGCACUUCCCGCCGCGGUAGUUUUUGCUAAGUUUUGAUCUCUUG